GCGACGCUAGCAUUUCAAUGUUCAUAAAUUGAAAAAAUUUUCAUUUGCAAAAAAGACUAACUAAAGGGAUAAAUUUAUAAAUUUUUGCGAUUAUUUCGUCAGAAUUAGAUCGUCAGCUUUCUUCCUAUAUUUCAUUUGGUCUAUAAAAUGCUUGUAUAAAUACUUGCAAAUUCUAUUCAGUAGAUCAAAGCAUUGGCAGGAAUAAUAUUUCAAUUCUCGUAAGCUUCAUUCGAAAUUUGAAUUAAAAUUGAUCUUGAUCGCAGUUGAAAAAAUAAUUGGAGACCAUAAUUAUGCAAUCCAGUCUAUGAGGGAACUUCUUUUAUUCCAUAUCUCAAAAAUUAUGGAAUCUAGGUGUUAAUUCGGCAUUGACUACAUACUUUUUUGGUCAAAAUAUGAAAAGAAAGUUGACUAUUGAUAAAUUCUUGGAGUUUCAACAGCAAUUGCAAAGAGAAAUACUUAGUUUAGAAUUUGAGAGAAGAAAUCCUGAUGAAAAUGGUCGAAUAAUCGAAGUAGAUUUUACAGAAUUAUUGCUUGCAUAUGCUGGAUAUCCAGACAAAAAGAUAGCAAGAAUUAGGAAAACUGUAAAAAAGCGUUUUAAGGAUAAUCCAAAAGGAAUAUAUAAAGACGAAUAUUUAAAAUUUUUCCAUUUUUUAAAUAACAUUAACAACGUAGAUAUAGCAUUAACGUUUUAUCACAUAGCUGGGGCAUCAAUUGAGCAAGUUACCUUAAAUGGCAAAAACAGUGGCUCAUGUUGAUCUUAGUGACCAUGUAAUACAAGUUGUUUACACAAUUUUUGACGAAAACAUGGAUGGUCAAAUGAGUAACAAAGAAUUUGUUGCUGUAAUGAAGAAUAGAUUUCUAAGAGGAUUAGAAAAGUCAAAAGGUUUUGUCAAACUAAUUGAAUCAGUAGUAAAAUGUUUAAAAGUCAAUUAUAAUAUGCAUUUUGAUAAUUAAAACACAAGAGAAUUUAAAAGAAAUAUGUAUUAAUUGUUAAUAAUUAGUAGAUUAAAUAAAGAUUGUGUGCGUAAA